AUGAUCACGAAUGUGGCUGGUCUUCCGUCUUUCAGUGGAAGAGUGGGAGAACUGCAAGAAGUGCUGAAAAAAGUUGCAACCGAGUCCAUCACUUACGAAGAUUUUCUAAAGUGGCAUGACAUGAGUAUGAAGCCGGCAUCGAAACAGUCUUCCGAGCACAAGAGCGUGAAUGGUGUUGCAAAGCAGGUCCCGUCGACUUCUACCUCUAAUAAAACUGCCAGUCAUGGAACAGAUUCGAUAAAUGAGACCUCGAGUGUAACCCAGUCUAAAAAUCCACCAACUACGCUGGAACCGACGAAAAGAGUGACCCUCGCACAAGCAGUGGCCGCCUCAAAACUACCACCUCGCAUGCGUCCGAUGACCAUUCCAAGUGCUCAAAUAUCGGAGAAGUUUGAGACUGAGAAGCAAACGACAAUUAGAGCUGUGACGACCGCUGUUGAGAACAGUAAAGUGACUCAUAAGAAGAAAUGUGAGCAGCGUUGGCUGCCGGGAAGCCCCCUCCACGUUUCGAUUUCUUGUGGACCGAAAACUUGGCGAGAGCUUUACGAAGCCAAAUGGAUCUUUACUGGUCAGUACUGUUGA